AUGGCAAAGAACGAUGAUCAAAUAUACAUCCAUUAUGGAAGGCCAAACAGCAAGGAUCAAAACUCAAAUUUGGGCUACAGUGUGUUUACGAUCCGGCUACACAAUGAAAAUUUUGUUUUCCUUCCAGUGCGACAGUCCAAGCCAGCCAUCAUGGAUCCUAUAUCCGUCCAGUGUUACAGUGUCCUUGCAGUCAAGGGUAACGAGCAAGAACCCGUGCCUUUACUGUCUAUGCCAAUGAUUCCGAAUCCGAGCCCUAUCCAGAGUGACAGGGCAACCAUCAAGGAUUCGAUCUCCAUCCAGUAUGACAGUGUUUUCACCGCCCAGGUCGAAGAACAAGGAUUUCUUCUUCAUCCACGGUUACAGGUAUACAAUUCUCUUUUAGCCUUUGCAUAA